AUGGCCAUCGACAUUCCUGGACCACUGACCCGCCUUCUAGAGGGUGGAACCGUUUCGCAAAUUCUGGAAGGACUGUCACUCCGCAUCGACGAUGGACAGAAUCUACCUUUUCUCGCUCUUACAAGCAUCAUUGCCAUCUUCACGACUUCCACAAUCGUGAAGCUAUUCCGUGGACUCGCGAGAGUUGGUUAUGUUGAUGGAUAUCGAAGGCCCUUCUUCCCGUAUUCAAUCCCUGGCCUGCUCUUCCCAAGCAGUUUCUUGAACCCAGGAUACGUCUUUCUCUGGCGCUGGAGAUAUCACAAUUAUAAGCGCUUCAAGUCCGAGAUAUUCUCUUAUAUAGGAUGGCUAGGUGGAAACGCUGUCAUCUUCACCUCCAAUCUGGACAUAUUGCGCCAGGUCGCUGGAGGAGCCAAGUCCGAUUUCGUGAAGCCAAUGAGUGCUAGUCGGGGGCUAAUGCAAUGGGGAAUGAACGUUGCUGCUGCUGAGGGUGGAGAUGAAUGGAGGAAGCAUCGACGCGUACUGGGCCCGUCCUUCUCUACGAAUCUGUACCGACUUGUAUGGUCAAAGACAGCCGCCACCUACCGCGAAAUGAGCUCCGUCGAAGGCUGGGACGGCCAGAAGGUCGUGGAGAUCAAUUCGGUUCAGAAGUACAUCUUCAAAAUGGCGCUGGUUAUUAUGGGCGCAUGUGGCUUUGGACUGAACCUCAGCUGGACGGACCAACCGGUGUCCGCUGACGGCAAAGUAUCUAUGCAAGAAGCCCUCAAGCUCAUCAACGACAGGCAGAUCGUCCUCCAACUCCCGAAAUGGAUUCAGAACCUCCCUUUUAAGUACUUCAAUGAAUACCGCGAAGCUAAAAUUAAGUUCACCGAGUGGAUGACGGAGCAAGUCGCGCUGCGAAAGGAUUUCGUUCGCAAUAGCGUUGUCGGCGACGAUGCUUCUGGUCCGCGGUUACCGGACGAUUGUUUCACCUUGCUUGUCAAGGCGAACGAAGACGAAGGGCAGAAAUUCCGCUUGAGCGACCAAGAGCUGAUUGGCAAUGUCUUCGUUCUGCUGUUUGCUGGACACGAAACUUCCGCCCAUACCUUUGCCGCAACCUUUGCCCACCUGGCUCUUUAUCCUGAAAUCCAAGAAGAGGUCCUCGAGCAAAUUCUCUCCGUAGUUGGAUGGGAUAGGGACCCAGAAUUCGAAGAUUACAACAGCCUAAACAAAGUCCUCGCCGUGUUUUACGAGGCAUUGAGAUUAUUCCCCGCCGGUCAUGUCAUGUUCCGUCAGGCUACCAAGGAUACAGUACUGCGCGUUCAAAACCCUCCGGGGGAAGAAGGAACUUAUCCCCUGCCAUUGCCAAAAGGUUCCAUGGUCGUCGUUGAUAUGGUUGGCGUUCAAUACAACGAACGGUACUUUGACGAGCCUGAGAAGUACAAGCCCUCGAGAUGGUACAAUAUUCCCAAUGACUCUGAGGCAUUCACAGCAUUCAGCCUGGGUCCACGGGCAUGCAUUGGACGCAAGUUCGCGACAGUCGAGGCGGUCUCUUUCUUGAGUCUUUUCCUCAGGGAUUGGAAGAUCGAACCGCUACUGAACCCCGGCGAGACUGUUGAACAGUGGAAGGCCCGGAUUGUGGACGCCCAGUUAUUUGUUACGUUGGGGAUCAAGAACGUGCCUAUCAGGCUCGUCAAGAGAGAGAGGCUGUAA